GCAGACAUUACCACAUGAGCUAGACAAGCACAACUCAUGUAUUAUAACAAGAGAUUUCUGAGCUGUUUCAACAGCAGUUUGGCAGAUAACGCACUUGAACUUGCAGGAGGUGAUCUUGGUGAGGCGGCCUGAUUUAUAAUCCUGGUUGAAUCAAGAUAUACCAGCAAGGUGGCAGGAAACGUAAAAGCAGGUUCAAUGCAUUAUGGCUAAACAUAUCAGAAAGGCUUUGCUGCAGACUACCUUCUGUGUUUUGCUUUCCUUAAGAAGUAGAGCAGAAAGUGAGAAGCCUGGCAUCUUUGACUGUACAAAUGACUAUAUUGAUACAGUUGAGUGCACAUUUAUUUCGAACCUGACUGAGCUAAAUGUAUCAUUUUUAGUGGAAGCAAACAAACUAUCAGCAGAAGAUCCAACCGAAACAUGGAGCUGUGAUAUGAAACAAUGGGAAGACAGAUCUAAAUCUAAUAUCUACAAUUGCAGAAUGAACAUUCCUGCUGGAUUUGCAUAUCAUGAUGAAUUUCUUGUCAAACUUAAAGUCAUCUUUUCAAAUGGAACCCUGAUGGAUUAUAUGGAAGAAAAAUUCGAGCCAGCUAAAAGAAUAAAACUUCACCCUCCAGCUAACCUUUCAUUCAUUAUGGACCAGAACUACUACAUAAUAAAAUGGAUUCAAACUGGACUAACUUAUUUCUCAGGCCAUGUUAAGUAUGAGUUUUGGUAUAAGAAAAAUAAAGAAUCUUGGGAGAAUGCAAAAGUAAAAAUGCUACAUUAUCCUGCCAUUCAGAUCAACAUUGACCCAGCUGAACUUGAAGGUGGAGCUGUUUAUGAUGCAAAGGUUCGCAAUAAACCAAUAGAAGACUAUAAUGGUUCAUGGAGUGAGUGGAGUGCAGAAAUCUCAUGGAAGACAAACUCUUCAGGGGCUAAAGGUGAAGGUCAGAACAAAGCCGAUAACGUUAGGACAAUGGCCAUUAGUAUGGGAAUAAUAAUACUGGUCAUCCUGUGCAUUGUUGUUUUUCGAUCUCACAUCUUCAAAACGCCCAUGAGGAUGAAAAAUGUGCUUCGGAUGAAUGUGCCAACACCAGCCACAUAUUUCUACCCCCUCUAUCAUGUGUACAAUGGAAAUUUUCAGAAAUGGAUUGGAUUCCAUGAGCCAUGGUGUAUCAAGCUGAAACAAGAGAAGAUUCCAAGACUAGAAGUGUACCCUAGAGAUGAGUCAUUUGCUGGUGAUGAAAUGCAAGCAUUGUAUCUUCAGCCAGAUGCAUUUUCAAACAUUAUGUAUAUUAAACCAUUCACGGACAUCUCCCAAAUGUGUCAGAAUCAAGAUUCGGAUACCUCUGUCUAUAACUCUACCUCAGAAAUGUGCCAGAAUGUAGUAUAUAAUUCAGACGAACCUACCAAUGGCCGCAAUGAGAAUGCAAGUUCCAGCUGGUCAUUUCUUUUGCAAGGAAGUUGUACAGAAAUGGAAAAUCCAUUUCUACUGAACAUUGUAAAUGCAAAUAUAUUAAGCCCUGCUCUGACUGAUGUUAACAAAAUAUUGACCACUAACUGUGUGCAGAAAGAUGAGAGCUUGUUUUCACUUCAGAAUUCCUUUGAGCCUGCGGGUUUAUCAUGUUACUGUACUGAAUACUGUACUCUGUCCUAUAAUGAUACAGAGCACAGCCUGGUGCCAACAAAAAUUCAGAAACCACUACCAAGAGAUGCUGAUAAUUGUGGUGAAAGCCAUAGUACAGAAACGGCAACUGACUGCAGCAUGACUGAAUCAUCGCAAGCAGUUUAAACUAUAACAGACUGUGGGGAAACAUAUAUAUAUCAGACCUGCAGACUCUCUGUUCAUAGAAGCUUAGCUAUAGCUGACAAAAACGUUACAUAAUUGCACUAUUUUGUAAUGCAUCAGUCACCAUUACUGCCAAUAAAUAAACAUUUUUUUUUCUGUCUUUCAAAAUAUCAUUCUAUUUUUUCUGAUGAUAGCGCAUGUCAAGGCUGACACCUGCCUUUCAAAAUAUGCUGCCUGUAUGAAGGUAACUAUAUUGUAGUUAUUUUUAUCUAUUUUAUGCUGUUCAGUUGUUAAUCUGGUAAGCCUUAAGGCAAGUGUCUCUUCCAUUGGACAGCCCAAUAAAACUGUCUGAAGGAAUCAAACCCAGAACUACAGAAUAAAGAUCA